AUGGUAUACGGUGGACGAAAGGAAUACGUCUCGAUCCUCGAUUGCUAUUUGCAAAGGAACCUGGUUCGCAACGGCGGCUGGCUGGACGAGGUGAUGUGGAUCCACCAGAUCAAUCGGACGAUGGAUGUUGUUUACCUUCAUGACCUCGCCGACCACGUGCCGGAGUAUACAAGCCAUGAGUUAUAUACCCACGCAGGCGAUGGGCUGGACACCUUCACAAACGCUUACAAGUUGUGCCAACCCAACACCUAUUGCGUCAAGAUUGACGACGAUAUUGUGUUUAUGGAGGACAAUGCCAUCCAAGCGUUAGUCCAAAGGAAAAUCGAGAAUGCCCAGUAUCUCAUUGUCAGCGCAAAUGUGUUGAACCAACCAGAUCUCUCCUGGGUCCAUUACCAGCUUGACACUGCACGGCCAUACCUGCCAGAGUUACAGAAACCCGUCGAUUUUGUUGAUGAUGACCGGAGAUUCAUGGUCGACUGGAGACCCUCAACUCUACCGGUUUGGGAAGGCCCCGAAGAUCUCAACUUCAGCGCAACAGAUCCAGCCCCGUUCAACGGGCAUCGCUGGCUGCCGGUACCUGGAGGCGAUAUCGAAAACACGCCGAUUGCUGCUCUAGGGCGGUCUAGAGGUUCCGAGCAUGUGAAGAACCAUACCGGCUACAUUUCGUGGACAGUUGCUGCACAAGCCCACUAUUCCUUUCUCGAGAACCUUGAGCAGAAACGACUGCAGCGAUACAAAUUCGACAUCUGGAAUUCCCGUUAUGAAGCCCGCAGCAUUCACUUCAUCGCCUUUUCUGGCGACGACGCGACUAUUCACCCGGUCCAGGGCUACGAUGAUAUUUGGUGGACGUCUACGCUGCCGUCAAAACUACGACGACCUGCAGUGGUGGACGGCACAGCCAUGGUUGUCCACUUUGGCACUCACCUCCAGACACAGUCGCUCGGAGGCAAUCCUGGUCCCGGUCUGCGGGAGACGGAUCUUCUACGACGGUAUCGAAGUUACGCCAAUGAAUUCAUUUGUGGACAGCCUUCAGGAUCGCCUAUGCUAUAG